UGCAACCGUUGGAGCUGUCAGAUGGCUCCAGCCAACUAACCGGCGUCGGUCUGCCUGUCAGUAUCUGUAUUUCCCGCCUACCCGCGGUUAUCGGGCUCAUUCCAGCGCCGUCGCAGGCCAUGCCAGGCCUCCGCUGUUAAUCGGGGAUCCCUGGUUUACUUGGCGCCGCCGUGGUCCGCGCCUCCUUCCGGCUGUUGCCUGCCUACUGCCUGUCUUGUAUUCUUGAGACUGUUACUCCGUACAUGACGAGCUGAGCACCGGGUGCCAGCGUUCGCAUCACAAUGGGUUCCGCAACUAACUUUGCCAAAACCAUCAUCGUUCCCGCCGUGAUCUCCCUAACCAUCUACCUCCUUUUCUCCUUUGUGAUCAUCCCCUUCUUCCGCCGGUACCAUCAGAGGUACUCGCAGUACCUCCCGCUACACACCAUCUCCGCGCAUACCACGACACUCCGGGAUCGCAUUGCGGACGCGUUGAUGCGACGCUUUCUCCCCUCGGCUUGGAGACAGCCGCAGUUUGAUGGGCAGAACGACAACAUCAGCAUAUUUGAGGAGGAAGGCGAGAUCAUGGUGGGGAUGGACAUGGACCCGACGCGACGAGAAGCGCUCGAGCGACGACGCAGUACAGCUGGCGAUGCGGAAAGUCGGUUAAGUCGGGAACUCGAAGCGGGAUUCAUGGACGACAGCGACGACGAGGGGCAUGUCCAAUCACAUCGCUGAUCCAACAUGUGUAUGCAUAUGUCAUAUCAUACAAAUUAGUUAUAUAGGCGUUAGGGUGGGAAAUAGAACACUAGACAAAGGAAAGAAUUUUCUGG